AUGAUAGUUUUUGUAAAUCGUUCAAUAAUUAUUAAAUCAAAGUUUGAUUUGGGAAUUCAAAUGAAACAAAUGAACGAUAAUAAACAAUAUGAAAAGACAUUGAAAUUAUUUGAUCAACACAAAAAUACUAAUAUUGAUAUGUUUUCAAGUUUGACUAUAACACAAAUUUUAAAAGCAUGUGCUCAUUUAGGAGAUCUUCAACGUGGGUUAAUGAUUUAUAGUCUCAUUUCAUCGCGUAUGAAAGAUGACUCAUAUAUAUCAGCAUCAUCAAUACAUCUCUUUAUGGAGUGCGGUGAUGUGGCAAGUGCUCAAUCAUUAUUCGACAAAACAACAAAGAAAACAUUUGGAAUUUAUGGAGCAAUGAUGAAAGGUUAUAUUAAAAAUAAAAUGGCAUUUCGAGCAAUUGAUCUUUUUAAAGAGAUUAAAAAUCCAAAUGAAAUUAUUAUUAAUCUAUUAUUUAAUGCUUGCGCUAAUUUAAGAACAGAAGAAGCGUUAAAUUUAAUAAAAAAAGUUUCAACGACAAUUCCAAAAUCUUAUUAUUUAAAUUCUUAUUUGAUUACUUCUUUAUUAGAUGCAUUUAUGAAAUGUAAAGAUGUUGAAAAUGCUCAAUUGCUAUUUGAUAAAACAAAAAACAAACCUUUACCAAUGUAUGGAGCAAUGAUGAAAGGUUAUAUUGAAAAUAAUUCAUCGCAUAAAGCAAUUGAUCUUUUUAAUCAAAUAAAAUCCCCUGAUGAAAUUAUUAUAAACCUUUUAUUUAAUGCUUGUGCUCAAUUAGGAACAGAAGAAGCAUUGAAUUUAACUAAAAAGUUUCAAAAGAAAUUCCAAAAUCUUUUCAUUUAA